AUGAGGCUGUCCUUGCAAUGCAUCGAUGGCGAAUUGCUGACGCAGCUUCAGCAAGGAGUGGCGACGCUACGCAGCUUGGUUCUGUCCCGGCUCAAGGCACUCCUGGUAACCAGCGGUGCCACAGGACUUACCAUGCUGGCGCUAGGGGUCGCGCUGGGAGCAUCUGUGCACAAAGCGGCUUAUGCUAUCGGCGGUCUACUCGCGUUGUCCUAUCUUCUGGUAUUUGUAUUGAUGCUGGAUGCACGCGAGGCUGUGUGUACCAUUUUUGCACUGCUGAGUAUUAAUGACGCAGGUUCUCGAGAAGAAAUUGUGCAGCAGCUGAACAGAUGCCAGAAGAAGCAAUCCUCGACUGUUCUCCCUGAAGGGGAGCUCGACAGUAUUUUGCAACAGACCCUUCUGGAGUUUCCGGAAAAGCUCAGGCUCAACAUGGCCAAGGCUUUGCAAAUAGGACCUGCGCUGGCGGCAGCAAUGUCUCUAUGCUGCUUCUUGGGUGCUUCUCUACUUGUGGAAGACAUUCCGGAUGAGGUUUACUGCCUGCCUGUUGCUUCGUCUUGCCUCGUGGCAAUCAGCUUAUUAUGCGGGAUUCAGGUGCAAAUCAGAGCUUCGCCACUGGUGAGGAAACUUGUGCUUGACGACUUUGGCAGCCCCCCGCUCAAGUUGAUCGAGGUUCAGACGCUUCAUUUGCGGAAACAGGUGGCUGCAACUGCAGAAGGUCGAGCGGCUGCAAGGAAAAAGUUGGUCGCUGCCGUGAAGAUGCCCAGAAGUAGCAUCCUGUCGGCAGUUGAAAUGGGCUGGCUGGCUGGUCUGCCAGAUGUGGAACUCGAAGGAUGCAUUCUUGAGCACCUCCAAGCAGUGGCCGGCUUGUGCGAAUUGGACCGAAUAGACAGGGCCAUCCAGGAGGCGAGCACAACGCUUCCAAGUUCGCGAAGCUCAGCCCUUAAUGAAGCGAUUCAAGCUCGCGACCGCAUCCAAGAAUUGACAGAUAAGAUAAGCCAAAGCAUGGCAGCCUUGGAUAUCGAAGCCCUGCGCAGUUCUAUCGAGAUCUGCGAGAAUGAAGCCUGGCCGAGUGAGGUCUUGCAGGAGGCCUACGCCAUGAAGCAAAGGAUCGAAGACCUGCUGCUGAGAUUGACCGAGGCGACGAAGUCAAGGAAUCUGCAACAUUUGGAAGCGCUGAUUCGCGAAUGCGAAGCCUUUGGGUUGCCUGGACGCGACAUUUCGGAGGCCCGGGACAAGCGAGAUGCUUGGCAACACUUGCUCAAGUCCCUCGAGCUUGCAGUGGAACGUAAAGACCUGGAUGAGCUGAAUGAAGCAAUCUACGCAAGCCAGGCAGUGCAACUUGACAGCCCCCAGCUGGCCAGCGCCGUGGCCACAAGAGAUAGCAUUCAAAGGCUGUUGCAGGAAGUCCAUCUAGCCAUCGACAAUCGCGACCUGGAAUCGCUAUCCUCGGCGAUGAACCAAUGCCGUGCGGAGGGCGUGCCAACACACUAUCUGGAGAAGGGAGCAUCCUUCAAGCAGGAGCUGGAGAAACUGUUAGCCAGGAUACAGGACGCGAUUCAUUCGCAAGACGUGGCUGCAAUAAGUUCUUGUGUCCUGGACUGUCAGCAAGCAGACAUUCCAGCAAGAUAUCUCGAGAGCGCGAUGGCACAGCAGAAGGAGCUCCAGCUGCUUGUUGAUAAUCUGGCAAGGGCUUGUCAAGCUCGAGAUUUGGGUGCGGUGCAACAGGCAAUGCAGGAAUGCAGCGCGCGGGGGAUGCCAUGCAAGUAUCUUGAAGAGGCUUCCUACGUCAGAUCCAUGAUCUUUGCGCUCCGUAGCGACAUCAAAGCAGCGGUCAACUCCAAAGAUCUUCGCAUUGUGAACCAAGCCAUUCAGCAAGCUGUAGAUUUUGGCUUGCCUUCCCAAGACCUAUUGGAAGCCCAAAAGCACAAGAGCGCAAUGGACGAGAUGCUGCAGCCGUUGAAGUCGAGUGUUGAUCGGCAUGAUCUGGCUGGGAUUGAAGCUGCUCUUCGUGUGUGCACAGACUUUAACUUGAAGGCAAGCGAAAUCGACGAAGCCAAGUUGGCGAAGGCCACGAUAGAAAGGCUUCUUUCACAGCUGAAGGCUGCAAAGGAAGCAAAGGAUGUCACGGCCCUAAAGGCCGCUAUCCACUCAUGCCAAGCUGAGAAGUUGCCUGACAUUCAUAUGGUGGACGCUGUCUCAUUGAAGCAAAACCUAGACGAGAUUCUUGCCGGUGUUCAUUUGGCCGUGGCCGAGCGCAACAGUUAUAAGAUUCGGACCGCCAUCGAGAACUGCGAGGCCGCGGGCAUGCCUGAUAAGGACAUGGAAGAUGCUCGACGAACGCUGGAAGAACUCGAUCGCCUUCUCACGCGGCUGCAGCAGGGCAUGUCAAACAGGAAGAUCGAGGCGCUUCGAGAGGCCAUCAAUGCGUGUCGAACAUUUGGGGUUGCGGAGGCAGAAAUGGAAGAGGCCAUCAGCAUGCAAGAGGGCAUUGAAGCGAUUUUGUCUUCUCUGUCCCGGGCCAUGGAAAACAAUGAUAUACAUGCUCUUAAUCAAGCUUUACUGAAACAUCAUGAAGCUGGCCUGCCCCCCAGUCCACACUUGGACGCAGCCAUGGGUCUGAAGCGGAAAAUUGAGCAAAUGUUGGCCCGUCUUGGAGUAGCUGUGCAGCUGCUGGACAUCCAAGUUCUAAAGGCAGCAAUCGCGGAGUGUCAGUCAGCUGGCCUUCCAGAGCAAGACUUGAAUGAAGCUCUGCUCGCAAAGGAAAGCAUUGAAAGGAUGUUAGCGACUCUCCGCUUCUCUAUCGAUUGCAAGGACAUGUCCGGCAUAGAGGCUGCGAUCAAGGACUGUCCUAUCGAUUUGCUGCGGGCCGCGCUUGAAGAGUGCCAUGCUGCCGAAGUUCCUGAAGCUGUAUUGCAUUCCGCACUGCAAUCCAGAGCUGCAGAAUCCAAUGAAUCAGACCGGCGCUUGAUAUGUGAGCUGGGACAAGAUGACGAAAAGCGAUUAGCGCACGCCAGAGCUGUGAGCAUGCUGCAUGAGUCCAUCCAAUCUGGACAUGACGUGCCGCCUGAAUUUGAUGAGCUCAUGAACGAGCUCAUUGUGAAUCAUGUGCUAUAG